AUGUUUUUCAGGGCAAGAUCUUGUUUUGAAUUUUCAAAGUUUUUACCAACCCAAGUUGCGAGAAAUAUCUAUUUAAAUUCAGAUUUAAAGACUCAACUAAAUAACUCCAUAUUUUAUCCUGUUGUAGUUAUUGGAGGUGGGCAUGCUGGAUGUGAGGCAGCUGCAUCAUCAGCUCGAAGUGGUGCACAGACAUGUUUGAUAACCACUUCUAUUGACAAAAUUGGAACUUGUUCCUGCAAUCCAUCGAUUGGAGGAGUUGGAAAGGGAACUUUGGUGACAGAAGUAGAUGCGUUGGAUGGAUUGAUUGCUAAAGUGGCUGACAAAGCUGGUAUACAUUUUAAAAUUUUAAAUAGAUCAAAGGGUUCUGCUGUGUGGGGUCCCAGAGUUCAAAUUGACCGAGAUAUAUAUUUACUGAGCAUGAAGUCAAUAUUGAAAGAUUAUGAGAACUUGAAUUUAUUAGAGGGAAGUGCGGAAGAUAUAAUAAUUGAGAAAUCUGCAAAUGGGAAAAACUCUGGAAUAAUUCGAGGCUUAAUUUUAGAGAAUGGGCAGUUGAUUAAAACUGACAAAAUUGUAAUUACCACUGGCACAUUUCUAUCUGCUGAAUUGCACAUAGGAUUAAAAACUAUUCCAGCAUUUGGUAGAAUGGGUGAUAAGGCAACAACCGGAUUAUCUAAAUCUUUGAAGGAAUCCGGAUUCCAAUUAGGAAGAUUGAAAACUGGCACACCAGCAAGACUAUCUAAGAAAUCUAUAAACUUUGAAAAUUUAGAAAUUCAAAAACCUGAUAAUCCAGCAUUUCCGAUUUCAUUUAUGAGCGAUGUGAUACCAAUUGGACAAGAAAACCAAUUACUUUGCUAUGGGACCAGGACCAAUGCUAAAGUUCAUGAAUACAUUCGAUCAAAUUUUGAUAAAUCAAUUCAUAUAAAGGAAACGGUUAAGGGACCUCGUUAUUGCCCAUCGUUAGAAGCCAAAAUUAAAAGAUUUUCCGAAGUGAAUUCUCAUAAAAUAUGGUUAGAACCUGAGGGAAUUAAUUCUGAUUUAAUUUAUCCAAAUGGGAUCUCAAAUUCUUUACCAGAAGAUAUUCAAUUGAAUUUUUUAAGAAUGAUUGUGGGAUUAGAAAAUGUCGAGAUGGUUCAGCCAGCUUAUGGUGUGGAAUAUGAUUACGUUGACCCUAGAGAUUUAAAAUCUACAUUGGAAACAAAGUUGGUGGACGGAUUGUAUUUGGCUGGACAAAUUAAUGGGACAACUGGGUAUGAGGAAGCAGCAGCACAAGGAUGUGUUGCAGGUAUAAAUGCCGGAUUAGCAUUUCGAAAUAAAGAAGCAUUGAUUCUUAAAAGAUCGCAAGCAUUUACUGGAGUGCUUAUCGAUGAUUUAAUUACCAAGGGUGUGAGUGAGCCUUAUAGAAUGUUUACAGCAAGAUCUGAGUUUCGAAUUUCGAUUCGAGCAGACAAUUCCGAUCAGCGAUUAACCGAAAUGGGAUACAAAAAGGGAGCCGUUUCUGAAAGACGAUGGAAUCGAUUUUCAAAGGAUCGAAUUUUGAAGAAAGAGUUUGUUGAUGUUUUAAAGAAGAUUUAUUACUCUGCUCAUGAUUGGUCAAAACUCUUGGGUAUAAAAGUUUCAAAUGAUGGGACAAAAAGAACGGCUUAUGAUAUUUUGCGGUUUUCUAUUCAGUUUGAGGAAUUAAUUUCGAUUUUAAUUUCGAAAAAUUUACUAAAGCAAGAUGGAAUACCAACAGAACGAACUCUUAUUGACAUUCAAUCCGAGUCAAAAUAUUUACCUUACUUGAAGCAAGAACAAAAAUUUAUCAAAGCGUUUGAGAACGAAGAAGGGUUAUCGUUGCCUAUAAAUUUUGAUUAUGAGGCAUUUACAAAUUGUUUGAGUAAUGAAGUUAUUGGGUUACUAAAUAAAGUACAACCAGAGACACUAGGUCAGGCGAGAAGAAUACAAGGAAUUACUCCUGCUGCAUGUUUUGAAUUGUAUAGAUUGGUGAAAAGCAACACACUUACAACAUAA